GCUGCGGCCUUUGCGUGCUGUUCUGGCGGAGUUUGGACUCCAGGUUUUGAGGGCUCUGUUGGCUUUAAGCUGGGCACAACGCAGCGGUAUAAGGGAUGCGUCGCAUCAUUUUUCAUCGUCCUUUUGUUUAACAUCACUCCACUUUUGAGCUCCGCGCCGGUUGCUGCAGUGAUGCAAACCGCUAGUCCUGGUCUUAUCGUUGUUCAUCGGUUGAGCCUGGCCUAGCCAGAACAAAAAUGCUGAACUCCGUCCCAAACGCUCAUCAAAACACUGUAAUUACACCGAGCUUUGUCUGCUGUGAAUUAACGCCUUGCAUUUCCACGCGAUCCGCUUACCAGGUGGCUGAGCAGGCACCUAACCCUCUUAGCCGGCGUCUCCCGCAGCGAUCUCCCUCCUUCGCAGCGGCUCCGCCGGGAGGACAGCGGUGCAGAGCUUUGUGGAAGGGCCGGUGACACGGAGGCGAUGACUGCCGAGCGCGCCGAAGCCAACGGCCCCAUGAGGAGCCAGGACGCCGUGGAAAACAAGCCGCCGGCUCCGGCCGCCCCGUCGCGGCGACGCAGGCGUCGGCGGAGACGCAAGCCACCGCCGGAGGUGGCCGUGAAGGGGCAGCUCCGCAUGCGCUCGCCGUCGGGCGUCUUCGUCAUGGUGGGCAUCUCCGUGGUCUUGGUGGGCAUGACCAUCGCCGUGGUGGGCUACUGGCCUCACCGGGCCGGGGCCGGGGCUGGCUCGGGGAACGUCAGCAGCCCCGGGGACGUGAGGAAGGAGGUGGCUCACGCUCGCCACUUCCCGCACAGCGAGAAGCUCAAGCUCAUCGGCCCCGUCAUCAUGGGCAUCGGGCUCUUCAUCUUCAUCUGCGCCAACACCAUGCUCUACGAGAACAGGGACACGGAGACCCGCCUGCUGAUGCAGAAGGGCCUCUACGCCAUGACCGCGGGCCUCCCCGAGGCGGCCGGCACGGAGGACAAGUUCUGCCAGAGGAGGGCCGGCCAGCCCGCGCUGAAGGCCAGCGCUGAGUGCGUGGAGGGCUGCUACGAGGUGGAUCCCACCUCCGGGGUCCUCCAGUCGUGCCCCGGCCCCGGGAGCAAGUGGGCUGACUGCUACGGCCCCAACCGGCUGCAGACCACGGCCCAGCUCCUGCACCACCGAGGCGUCUCCCCCUCCGUUUCCCUCCUCAGCGUCCGCUCGGGCUGUGGCGGCUCUGCGGAGGGAAACCUCAACCUCUCCUUCAGCCCCGGGGCCGAAUCCCUCGUUUCUUCUGCCGUCAACACCCUGGCGCUCCCCGUCAUCAAGCUGAACAACCGUCUGCUGGAGACCGCGGCCGUGUCCGGGGGGGCUGGCGAGGAGGCAGAGGGGAGCCCCGCCGAGGAAGCGCGGAGACCUUCUCGGGCUCUUCUCUCCCACAGCAGCGGGGUCUCCCCAGGAGGACAGGGCCACCAGGGCAGCCAUGUUGUCAUCGACAUAGACGGCAGCUGCCCCGUCCCCGCCGCUGCGGAGACGCCCCUGCCCUCCGAGGGCGCUGGGAAGGCGCUCAGCCCGGACCUGCAGCCCCACAACCCGGGACACUCCCAGUCCCUGGACCUGGGCAGGCCUGGGGUGCUGCUGGUGGCUCCCAUCAAGGACCGCAAAAACCGGAGCUGGCCGCGGCUCGACCACCUCAGCCUGGUAGGUUACGCCAAACUGGAGAGCACGGGCGAGUCCUCCGACCGGCUGCUGGACCCAACGGAGCAGCAGAGCGGGGACGAGGCCAGGCCCAGCUCGUGGCAGGUGGGGAUCGAGCAGGGCUCGCGGGUCUGACUCCGGCAGAGCACCGACACCGUUCUCCUCCCACCCUGCCUCUCCCAGCCCUCGUGGUCUCUUCACCACGUCGCUUUGGGGGUUGCUGGGCACGGGUUUUGGAUUGCUCCUCGUCGAAGUGGACGUUGCGGUGCUGGAGGGAGGUCCCUUUGCCGGCGAACGAGGCCCCGACCUGCUGCUCCUUGGGCAAGACUCCAUGCGAGGGGGGACGUCCUCUUCUCCCCAGGGGCAGCUGCUCCCAUUCCUCGACCGGGUUCUCAGUGGAUGCCCUUGGCCUUGCCUUACAAGCCCUUCUCCCGGUGUCUUUUGCGGAGGAAGCCUCACUUGAACCCGAACCCAGGCUGAGAUGGGGACACAGGGCAAGGGGUGCCCUGGCAGCCCCUGCGGCACUUUAUUUCAGCGGGGCCAGGGUGGGUGGCAGGGAGGUUUGGGGUGGGCCCCCUCGCCCAGCCCACCAGGAAGUUUGCUUGACCAGAGCACGUAAGCCUGAUGGGGCUAUUAAAUGUUAUCUCGAUGCCA